AUGUCAACACACGGAGAGAUUAUCACCCGGGACGUCAUCUGUGCGAAGGCUCAUCGGCUUGCUCAAUUGCUUGGUACCCCUGACGACGCCAUCACUAUCUCGCACGGAUGGCUUCAUAAAUUUCAGCAACUUCGCAUGCUCCGCGCUCUCAACACCUACGUUGAAAGCGGCUCGGUGGACAUGGAGGCUAUGAAUAAAGGUCUGCCUGAUGCCGUGGCCUUCAAUGUUUAG